AUGGAGGUCCGCUCGUACAUCCAUGAUCCAUGCGGCUGCCCCCCAUUUUCUGUGGCCGUUUGCGGUCCGGUACGCUGCGCAUCAGCUCAACCUCUAGCCCCGUGCUCCUUGCGUUGGACGGGAGAGGUUGGCGAUGCGUCGGUGUUCAGGGUCUGGGGAUGUCGAGCCUUUGUCCACGAUACGUCCGCGGACAAGCUCUCCUCCCGCGCCGUUCCCUGUGUCUUCCUUGGCUUACCCCCUGACACGCCUGUCUGGCAGUUUUACCACCCCACCUCGCGCCGUGUCCUGCCCUCUCAGGACGUCACGUUUGACGAGUCGGUUCCCUUUUACCGUCUCUUCCCCUACCGCACUGCCCCUCUCCCUCCCCCGCCACUCUUCCUCGCACCAGGUCCUCCUCCGGUAGACCCCCUCCCCCCUCAGGGUCCUGCUCCCUCGGGUGUGUCCCAGGUAGACCCCGUCGAGCUUGUCGAGGUAGCUGUCGACUCUGGUGCUGCUAGGGGCACUGCGUCUGGGGGUGCUGAGCCUGCGGGUGUGGGACCUGGGGGUGCUGAGCAUGGGGUUGCUGAGCCUGGGGGUGCGGAGCCUGGGGGUGCUGAGCCUGGGGUUGCUCAGUCUGAGGGUGCGGAGCCUGGGGGUGCUGAGCUUGAGCGUGCGGAGCCUGGGGGUGCUGAGCAUGAGCGUGCGGAGCCUGGGGGUGCUGAGCCUGAGCGUGCUGAGCCUGGGGGUGCUGAGCCUGAGCGUGCUGCGCCUGGAGGUACUUUGUCUUCUGGAGGUCCUCCGGGUGUCUUGUCACGGCGGGAGACAUUCUCUCCACCGCAGCUGCGCGAGUGGUUUGCUCGGCGCUGGAGACUUCAGAGUGGCACUGAUGGAGCCGGUGGUGUUCCUGGUGCUGGUGCUGCUGGAGGUGCUGGCGCCGCUGGUCCCGGAGGUGCUCGUUCUGGAGGUACUGGAGCUGCUGGAGCUGGAGGUGCUACUGGAGCUGGAGCUGCUGGAGGUGCUGGCGCCGCUGGUCCCGGAGGUGCUCGUACUGGAGGUUCUGGAGCUGCUGGAGCUGGAGGUGCUGCUGGAGCUUGUGCUGCUCGAGGUGUUGGCGCCGCUGGUCCCGGAGGUGCUCGUACUGGAGGUACUAGAGCUGCAGGAGCUGGAGGUGCUGCUGGAGCUAGAGCUGUUGGAGGUGCUGGAGCCGUUGGUCCUGGAAGUGCUCGUACUGGAGGUACUGGAGCUGCUGGAGCUGGGGGUGCUGCUGGAGCUAGAGCUGCUGGAGGUACUGGAGCUACUGGAGCCGCUGGUCCCGGAGUCCCAUCCGCAGUUACAGCCAGCCUCCCCGCUGCCUGCUCCGUCUCCUUACACUGA